AUGGCGGCCGCUGCCCCCGCAAGCCCCAAGGUGGCUUGGGCACCCGCGUCCAGACCCUUGUUAGCGGCCACCGCAUCCUCGCCAACAAAUUGUGGCGGGACAGGCAGCACCGUGACGGUUCCUGCCGUUGCGCUUUUUGCUGGCGAAGCCAACCGACCCGCCCUGGUUUCCCUGAGCCAGGCCAUCAGGGAAGCCUGUAUCCAAGCCGAUGGCGCGCUUGACCUCGAUUUGUACAGCCCGGAUUCAGAUAUUGAAGAUGAAGACCGCCCCUUUCUGCUUGACGCCGAUGCCCUCCUGCGCUGCCACUUGGCGGUUUUCAACCUGUCAGCCACCGAACCCGUGACAGCGGCCGAGGAAUACCUUGCGGCUCACCUCACCGAAGCCAGUCUCUUCUAUCCGCAGCUGACAGACGCUGCUGGUGCACCCGAUGCGAACCCACAAGCCACCAAUAGUCUCGGCCGCAUUGCUCUUUUGCUCCGUUUUGCUUUGCGCCAUUCGCAGUGUCGCCUCGUUGUUCUCGAUGAGGGUGCUGCGGAUGCCAUCGCCCGCAUUGCCUCCUGGCUUCCAGACGUUGCUGACCAACACGAAGCUCAAUCUGCUACCUCGAGCGGCCGACUGCGCUGGGAGCUGCAAGCCCUUCAAAACGAGGAGUGGCCCACCCUCUGCUGCGAAAACCUGUCGCCGCCGCGCUUCGUGUCCAAUGCGCACCGCAUCUCGUCCAUCCUCGAGUCCUUCUCGUAUGACCCCGUGUCAACGCCUCAAAAUGCCGCUGUACCUCCGGCUGCCAUUGAGAAAGGUCGCCAGCUCCUUGCCGCAACUAUGGACGCUCAAAUUGCCGACCAAUCCUCGGCAUGCCAUCUUGCACCACACUCCAUGCCUGCACCCGGGAACAACAAGUCGUCGACAACGAGCCCGCCCGACUCACCCUCUUCUGCGGCGUUUUCGUCGGCCUACACCUCGCCUUCUUCCACAUCCUCGGGCCCUGAUGUGGCUCGCCGCAAACCUCUGAUUGCUCUGAGCUCACGCAGUUCAGCCCAACGCGUGGCCGUGAUUCAAGAGUGGAUGCGCCAGAGCUUGGAUCAAUCCAACUUGGUGCUGUUGCGUCAUCGUUUUGGCCCACAAGAUGGUUUACGACAGGAUGAGGCCUUGAUCGAGGCCGCUCAGCAUUUUGUGCAUGCCCUCGAUCUCCAUCACCACACUCAAAACGUCGAGACUCUGCUCACACCUACCCGUCAUCGUGCGGAUAUAUAUGAGGAAUAUGCUCAUUUUCGAAAGCAUGACCGUCUUGAGGUCUGCCUCGUAGAUAAUCGCGAGUACAUCCACCUGUGGUACAAAGAGCGCCAAGUGCUGGUCCUCAGCGAGUACCUAGAUAUUGACAUUGCUGACGCCACGGCGACCACGCGCUUCCUUGUUCGCUGCGACACGGAUGACGCCAACUUUGCCUGUGAUCUUCCAGAAUCUUCUACCUGGCCGGCCUUGGGUCGACGUACCGUGCCUUGUUAUUAUGUCCGCAACCUUGCCACCGGCGAAAUGGGCUGGUUUCCGAGCCUGCACACCAACCGCGCCUAUUUGAACGAAGGCAGUAUCGGAACCUCCGUUGUCACUUCAAGAGAUACCUCCAACAGCCCCCCGCGCUUGUCUUUCAGUAGUAGUAGCGGUGAACGGAGCCUGUCCCCCUCACCCAAACGAGGCAGCAGCCUCAAGCACUCCCAGCGGCGCAAACGUGCCGCCACUUGGACAUCGACCCGCUCCCGACCGUCCAUCAUCGAUAGCUCUUCAGUGGGCUCGCGCAGCCCCCCUCUCGCGACAGCAGGUGGUCGCAGCAGCACCACAGACAACGUUGAGACCCACGCCUUUGGCAAAGGAUACCCGUCAAGCUUGCAGCAUCGUAGCCCGUCAGACUUGCUUCGUGACUCUCAGGCCAGCCCGUUGCGCGGUAUCUCGCGCACUGCAGCCCCCACACAGUACCCAAGGCGCCGUGCUUUUACCAAUACGGGCUAUGGCUCAUCAGUCGCCUCGCGUGACGACAAUAUCAAUGCCAAGGCAAUAGGCGUCGAACGCAUGCUCGUGGCUGUGACCAGCUCUGGCAUGGAUCGGGGCCUUUCCACCCCGCUGCCCUUAGACAACACCAUUCCGUUGCCGCGGCGCCACCCGGGCUCGCCCGGAACGCGCAAUCGGCUCAUGAAUCGGUCGCCAUCACGCAUGGCCAAGGGCACCAUUAUUGCCAGCGAAUGCAAUCUCCGUAUUCGUGUGUCUCGCAAUCUUAUCAACUGCCACUUUGUCACAGGCGAGUCUGUCCGGCGCACCGGCGACGUGUGUGCAGCCAUGCAACUCGGCAAGAUGAAGCCAGUCCCCGGUUGGCAACCACCAGCAAACGUGUCUGCUCGAAGUUCAUUCAGCAGCCACGCUGUCGCCAGCCCCGGGGCCACGCCCACACCGCAGAAUGCUGGCAGCCCGCCCAUCCUGGCCAACUCGCUGCCAGUUCCAAGCACGCCCCUGCGUGCCUUCUCCCCUUUGCCUCUGAGCAUGAUUCGCGAAGAGUCGGGCAGCGAGAGUAGUAGCCGCCGCGUUUCGCCGCGUUCCUCUGCUGGAUCUCUGGCUGCCAGCAACAUCAGUGAAACAAGCUCAUACAGCAGCUCAGCCACAGUGCCUGGCUCCUCCCUCGCCACUGCCAUGGCUUCGGCCUCUGGUCCUAUCAACUCGAUGUCAGCGGGAAUCAGCACCACCGCCGUGACUCCAGAGGCGAAGGGCCAGUCCAGUGAAUCUCAGGAGACUUCUUCUGGCCAUGGGAGCAAGCCAGCCAACGUUGAAACAACAGCUGAAGCCCAUGAGCCACCACCCAUUCUUGACCAGGAUCGGUACAAAGUGCCUUGCGUGUGCGUUUCACACCAAAACCUGACGGAGGCAGCCUACAGCCGCGAGUACUGCCACAUCGUGCCAACCAGCUUUGUCAACCUCGUGGCAACGCAAGCUAUGGACCUUUUGCACCAUCCAGGAAACGCAGCAAGCCCUAAUAUGUUUGAGACAACCGAAACACCGGCUCACUAUUUCUUCAAUUAUCGUCGCUCCUAUCUCGGUGCCAUAGGCACGCCCAACGGCGUCCACAAGUCCAGCAUUCAGCACAAUGAGCUGGUCGAGUUGAUAGAGCCAUCCUUCAUGCGGCUGGUUGAGGUCGAGUCCCUUGAAACCGGCCAGUUGGGCCCUGUCAUGGAACAAGCCCUGGAGCCCUGCUCGAUGCGGCGCAUCCCACGUGACGUUGAGUACAUGAUGCGCAGCUCCUUGCAGGAAUUGGUCAUGGCUCAGCCCCAGUCGCACUUUGUAUUGGUUUUGCAAGGCUGCACCCACGUCAGUCGUUGGCGCCACAUCUUGCCCCGCUGGUGGCCCGACAACGUGACCGUGAUUACUGAUGCCAACCCCGACGCGUGCCGAGGCCUCGAAUACACACCCGGUAUCACCACGGUGGACCUUGACUACAAACCUUCCAACGACGAUCCCACCCACCGGCGCAGCAGUUUUGACCAUGAGCGCAACGCUGUUGUGGUAAAUGGCGACGUGCGCUCUCGCAUCGGACGUUCUCGAACCUUUAGCCACCUCACGAAGCACUCCCCAGACAUUGGCUCGGUGCUGCUUCAACUCUGCGCCAUGGGCAUUGAUAUGGAAGUCUGGAGCUCAAUCAAGGCUGAGCUUCGGACGUGCCUGCCGCGUGCUUCUCUGCGGACCAUCGCUAGUCUGGCGCUGGUUGAGGCUUUGUCAACCCUUUGCCCGACCUUGGCCAAUGCCCGGACCCAACCCACUUCACGCCGCCCAAGCGAGAAGGAAAAGGACGUGGAUCGGCCCUCGGAUGAGCCGCAGAGUGAUCUCGAUAGCUACCUGUUGCUUCAGCUUGAUGAUAUCAGCAGCGACGAGGAAGAUGAUGACGAUGGCAGUGAUGGCAGUGGCGACGAUGAGAGCAACGACGACAGCGAUGAAGAUGCCAGUGAAGAUGACACGGAGGAGGAGAAGGAGGAGGAGGAGGAACAGGAUGCCAUUCUGCAAUUGUUGUGCUUGAUUGUCUUUCAAGGGCGUGGCUGGCGAGCGUGCGAUUGCCACGCGCUGUUUUCCACGCACCAAGCCUUUCGCCAUGCCGUCUUUUGCCUUCGCGCUUUGCUCUGGCAUACCCCAGAUGACCGUAUCAUAUUGCGGCAUGACUGGCUGCAAGAAGCACUUUUGGGUUUGGUUCGCAGUUGUGGCGACGACAUUGAAGCCAAAACGCGUCAGCUCAUCAUGCAAUAUUGUCUUGAACGCAUUCUGGCCUUCGCUGAGCUGCCGAUGCGUACCGAGUCCCAAUCCUACACCCUGUGUCGCAUGGCUGUUGAGCUUCGAGAUCAACUCGAACUUUGCGAGGCUGCUGGCAUCCACGCGAAAUCAUGUGCUCGCAUCCCCGAGCAAGUUUUUCGAGGAAAGUGCAGCCUUGAUGGAAACACAGCAUCCAGCACAGCGACGGGGUCGCCGUCGCCAGGCAGCUGGUACUUCAGCAACGGCUAG